GUUUAAAUUGAGUUGAAUGGUCUCUGUGCCAUAGUUAGAAUAGCUGGCCUCAUCUCUCUCUCUCUCUUGCUUCUUUUCCUGUUUCUUACCUGUGAAACUUUCAGCUCUUGUUGGAUUUCUAGUUUAAAAAAGAAAGAUCAGAGACAUUUGAAGACAGCUGGAGGCUACCACCCACGGAAUAAUAAUUUUGCAUGUAUCUGGUUUCCACCUGAUCACCUCUCACUGGUGCUGCUGAUCUGUUUGAUUCUCUGGAUUGAGUCCCUGCCUGCUCUGGCUGUGCAGCUGCUUUCCCCACACAGGAGAGAGUGCUGAGGACUGUGAGGACUUAAGCAAUUUUAUAGGACAAGAAACACGCAGUCACCAUGCUGCAAGAAGCUGUAUCAAACAUUUUAAAACUCCACAAUUAUAUAAAAUUGAGGACAGAUGCGAGAAUCAGAGACUACCCGCUGAUGAAUGACCCCGUAGAUAUGAACGUCAUCCUGUUGUUAUAUGUCUUCUUCUCGGUUUACAUCGGACCUCGUCUGAUGGCAAACCGCAAGCCCCUCCAUCUCAACAAAGCCAUGAUUGUCUACAACCUCGUCAUGGUUUCACUGAACGGCUACAUCGUGUACGAGUUCUUGAUGUCUGGAUGGGCCACCACCUUCACAUGGAGAUGUGACCUUGUUGACUACUCAAGCAGCCCGCAGGCUCUUCGGCUGGUUCGGGUGUGUUGGAUGUUUUAUUUUUCAAAAUACAUCGAACUCCUUGACACAGUAUUCUUCGUGCUGAGGAAGAAACAAAGCCAGAUCACAUUUCUUCAUGUAUUCCAUCACUCCUUCAUGCCGUGGUCGUGGUGGUGGGGUAUCACGCUGACUCCUGCUGCAGGAAUGGGCACCUUCCAUGCCAUGGUGAAUGCAAUCGUCCAUGUUAUCAUGUACUUCUACUACCUACUCUCUGCUGCAGGACCUCGCUUCCAGAAAUAUCUGUGGUGGAAGAAGCACAUGACUGCCAUUCAGAUAACGCAGUUUGUUCUGGUCUCACUUCACAUCAGCCAGUACUACUUCAUGGAAAAGUGCGACUUCCAGGUUCCCAUGUGGAUCCACUUGAUUUGGAUGCACGGUGUCUUCUUCUUAGUCCUCUUCUCCAACUUUUGGAUACAGGCCUACAUAAAGGGACAGCGACUUCCUGCCGUAGUGGACAAGCCACAACAGAACGGCUCAAUCAGUGAACCCGUCACUGUGGUGGCCAAUGGGAAACACCUGGAGAAUGGACAUGCGCACCACCACACCAACGGCAAAAUCGUCAUGGGCAAAGUCAAGGAAAUCUGACAUGGUGACUCUGGAAAUGAGAAGGAGACAUUUAAAGGAGGCCCCCCAGAGCAACCUUUUAAAAUGUCAUUCAUAUUUAGUUGCAUAUUGGAAUUGCACAGUUUUCGAUAUGUCAAACUUUGUAACUACUUUUUAAAUCUUGUCGUUCUUAUGCAGACUUGUUGGGAUAUGUGUUUUGGUGGUGAUCUCUACUUGCAGCAUUGCGUUUGUUAGUCGUUGUGAAAACUAUUAACUGUGAUGAACACUUGGUGCUCAUUUUGUCACUGAUGGUAUUCUUCAACUCAGGCUUGGUACACACAAGCUUGACCUACACUACCGUUUGGCUGGCAUGACCGCUGUUGCUUGGGAGUAUUGCACAGUUUCCACUGAAGGCCAGCGCAUAUAAAUAACUGCCACAAAAAAAGCUUUCACUGUAAAUGUCAAAUAUUUAGUUUUUUUUCUGUUUGUUCUAUUUAUCUCUUGGAAUAAAACAUU